GCAUCUUUACUAAGUAGUGCGGCGGCUCUUACCCAUUGCAUCCCUCAAUCACCAUGGCCUCCAUUUUCACAAACCCCAAAUUCUACGCCACAACUCCUGCAACCUCCAUUUCCGCUUCCGGUCCCUCCAACCCAACCAUCCCGCACCACUCUCUGCUCCAUUUCUCCCCCAAACCCUCCUCACACCCUCCUCCUUUCCCCAAUGCCUCCGCUAGAAAAGCCGCCGUCUCCUGUUCCCAGCAACACCAAACCCCACCGAUAACGGCUACAUACCCCACGCCAAAGCGACGCCCCGAAUACAUCCCCAACCGCAUCUCCGACCCCUCCUAUGUCCGCAUCUUCGACACCACCCUCCGCGAUGGCGAGCAGUCCCCCGGUGCCUCCCUCACCUCAAAGGAGAAACUCGACAUCGCCCGUCAGCUCUCCAAACUCGGCGUUGACAUCAUCGAAGCCGGCUUCCCCGCCUCCUCCAAGGACGACUUCGAGGCUGUGAAGGCCAUUGCCAAGGAAGUCGGUAAUGCAGUCGAUAAGGACGGCUACGUUCCGGUCAUCUGCGGUCUCUCCCGUUGCAAUGAGAAGGAUAUACGGACGGCGUGGGAGGCGGUGAAGUACGCGAAGCGGCCAAGGAUUCAUACCUUUAUAGCAACCAGUGCUAUUCACAUGGAAUACAAAUUGAGGAAGACGAAAACGGAGGUGAUUGAGAUUGCCAGAAGUAUGGUAAAGUUUGCCCGGAGCUUGGGCUGCGAGGAUGUCGAGUUUAGUCCCGAAGAUGCUGGGAGAUCGGACAGGGAGUUUCUGUAUGAAAUAUUGGGUGAAGUUAUCAGGGCUGGAGCCACAACUCUAAACAUACCUGACACUGUGGGUAUUACUGUACCAAGCGAAUUUGGAAAACUGAUUGCUGACAUAAAAUCCAAUACCCCUGGAAUAGAAAAUGUUAUUAUCUCAACUCACUGCCAAAAUGAUCUUGGACUUUCUACCGCUAACACUGUAGCAGGGGCAUGUGCAGGUGCAAGGCAGCUGGAGGUAACAAUAAAUGGCAUUGGUGAAAGGGCAGGGAAUGCUUCACUUGAGGAGGUUGUGAUGACCUUAAAAUGCCAUGGGGAGGUUCUGUUUGGAGGUCUUUAUACUGGGAUUAAUCCCCGACAUAUCUAUAUAACAAGCAAGAUGGUAGAAGAAUACACCGGGAUGCAUGUGCAGCCACACAAAGCUAUUGUUGGUGCUAAUGCAUUUGCUCAUGAAAGUGGUAUCCACCAGGAUGGAAUGCUUAAACACAAAGGCACAUACGAGAUAAUAGCUCCUGAAGAUAUUGGCUUCGAACGAUCCAAUGAAGCUGGAAUUGUCCUUGGAAAACUUAGUGGACGCCAUGCUUUGAAAAAGCGACUUGAAGAGCUUGGUUAUGAGCUUGACAAUGAGCAACUUGAGGGUAUAUUUUGGCGCUUCAAAGCAGUAGCUGAUCAGAAAAAGAGAGUUACUGAUGCUGAUUUGAGAGCAUUGGUUUCUGAUGAAGUUUUUCAGCCAGCAGUUGUUUGGAAACUUCAAGAUCUGCAGGUUACUUGUGGGACUCUUGGUCUUUCUACGGCAACUGUUAAACUUGUUGAUGCUAAUGGAAGAGAGCAUGUUGGUUGCUCAGUUGGAACAGGGCCAGUAGAUUCAGCUUACAAAGCUGUUGAUCUUAUCGUGAAGGAGCCUGUAACCCUUCUUGAGUACUCUCUAACUGCAGUCACAGAAGGCAUUGAUGCAAUUGCUACCACCCGCGUUCUAAUUCGUGGGGAUAACAGUCGCACAACUACUCAUGCCCAUACUGGAGAAGCAGUUCAUCGGACAUUUAGUGGGAUUGGCGCAGGAAUGGAUAUUGUUGUUUCUAGUGUCAAGGCCUAUGUUGGUGCGUUAAAUAAGAUGUUAGGUUUCAAGGAGAAGUCCCAGGUUAACGAUGCAGCAGAGAGAACGGCCAUCUCUGCUUGAGGAGCUGUGGAAAUUCAUCACAUUUUGCAUGAUGCCUACACAAAACUGGUCAGGAUCAUUAAUCAGUGUGAUUCUCUCGAUGUUUGUACCGUGGUGCAUAGAAUUUUUGGUAUUUUAUUUGACUGCUGGAUAUUUCAUUGUGAUGUGUUAGUUUCAGUGAUAGACCAAGGCAGAGCAUUUUGGAUUUUCCUUCUUAAAUUUAUAAUUUGUGGUAUCUGCAAGUUUUUGGUUGAAUUCAUAAAAAAGGGUUUGGUUUAAGAUUAUAGAUGACGGUUGCUUGUAAUCUAGAUUUGCCAAGAUAAAAGGGUUUCUUUCUUUUAUGUUGAUGGGGAUGAAAUUUUAUGUAUAUUACACGCAGGUAUCUUCUUUUUUGGUUAGUGACGUUGCAAGAAAUUUG